AUGGUACUGGCAUUUUGUAGACGUGGUUUGGUUAUUCCUAUUUGUCUCUAUCUAUUGGUGGGGAGGUAUAUGAAGGAACGAAACAGUGGAUUGAGUAAUGAAAGCUCGAAGACAAAGAGAACCGGGCUUUUCCAAAGAAUUACUGCUGCUUUCCUACUCCCUUUGAUUAUCAUAUACAAAAAAGUCUCUUCCACUUUCCUACUAAAUCUCUCUUUAUUCUGGCACAUAAAUGAAGGGAUCGAAGAGAUUAUGGCAGAUUAUGUUCACCAAGAAAUGACCCGAAAUUGGGUCUUUGUCUAUUUGAGAUUGUUCCUUUUAAUCGUAAUCAAAGAUGUUUUCUUGUCUCUCGUUUUUUUUCUGAACAAAUCGAAGAACCUAAUGGAUCGAACUCAUCCUUGGCUGCUACGAAACAUAUCGGCCUUGCGUUGCGGAAGGAACGUUCUGUUCUGUUUUGAGUUGGAGGCAAGAGCUCUUUCUUCAAUAAAGGUUUGGAACCCUCGUUUUGCCGUUUCCUUCACGGCCCCGCUCGCCAGUCCAACUUGG